AUGGCAGAUACGAAGGAGAAGCCCUUCGUGUGUGUUUGCGGGGCUGCAUUCACACGCCGGGAUCUCCUGACGAGGCACCACCGCCUCUCAUCACACCAUGGCCAGGCCGAGGACCAACAGUCCACACCUGAUUCUGCCUUAACGGGCCUCCCGGACUCGGAGCCACUGCCCGGCCUGGGACAGACCCAUGUGUGGCCAGAACCACAAAAUGCUCCUGGCGAAGGGGCUGCUGUGACUAACGGCGAAGGGAUGCUGGACGCCGAGACACAGCCAUACGCCCAACAGCAGCUCAUUGUCCCACAGCCCAUGUUUGAGUACUGCAAUGAACUCAACGACAACUUUCAUCAAUUUUGGGAGUUUGCAGGGUUUCUCGACGGGAUUGGACUCCCAGCCGAAUGGAGCCCAUAUCUGCAAGGCCCAGACUUCACAGAGCAAGAGGCAAGCGAUACUGCUUCUGCAAAUGUCGGCUCCAAUGGCACUCGCCCUGGCACUCCAUUCAACUCAUGGCUACCUUCAGCCCCUGUUGGCGAUAAGCCUCCCGGGAACACGUAUGAUCAAGAUGGACCGCACGCGACCCGCGAAGCCACGCCUCCCUUGUUCAAAAUCACGGACGACCAGCGAUCGCGCCUCCAUCAGUCCUUAGAGAGCUAUCGGAGUCUACUUGAUCCCGACUUCCGCCUGCCUUCGCGUCAUGCGUUGACGCGCUACAUCACCAGCUACUUCGAGGGCUUCCACUCUCACAUGGUCUUCAUGCAUGUGCAAACGUGGCCCGUGUUCGACAGCCCGCUCGAGCUCGUCUUGUCUGUGGCUACCAUUGGGGCCCAGUAUUGUUUCGAGCACCGCAAUGCAGAACGCCUGUUCCAUGCAGGCAAGGCCAUACUGUUUGAGAGGUUACGGCAAGAAGCUGGCCGUUUUGGACCCAAGACGGCCAGUCAUCUAAGCCUCCAGGGCAGGUCACCCAGCCGGCGUGCCUACGAUGACACCGUGGAAAGUCGGGCUAUUUGCGGAACGUGGGAGCCGAUUGAUACCGUCCGUGCCCUUCUGAAUCUCAUGGCUUAUGCGACUUGGGAGAUGAAGCAAUAUCUUGUACAGGAAGCGUUUGCCUUACAAAGUCUGCUGAUCCAAGUCCUUCGCGAUAUCGGCUUGGAAGAGUCUAAAGAUUGCGAAGUCGACUUUGACUCCGAACAAACGCCCUUACACACUCGAUGGAUAGCUUGGGUCCAUCAAGAGUCUGUUAGGAGGGCGAAGCUCAUCGUCUUCUCGUUUACGCACACGCAUAGCAUUGCUUACAAUGUCUAUCCACCUCUGAGGAGUAAUGAGAUCCACCUCCGGCUACCGUGCCACACGAAAGAAUGGCGAGCGCCCACUGCACAGGCAUGGCAAGCUGCCCGUCGCGAAACGAAGAAACAGCAACUGUUGUUUCAGGAAGCACUAUCACGUCUCUUGCGCGAUGGAAACUGCUCACUAGAUCCUGUGCCUUCACCCAUGGGUAAUUACAUACUGCUUCACGGUCUUCUACAGCGAAUAUACAUCGUGCGGGACUUGUCACUGCCUAUCAUGGAUCAGUGCGCCUCUCUGCCACCGGAGGAGUUGCAGAAGCUUGACCGAGGCCUCCGGUCCUGGACGACGAGUUGGCAACAAGCCCCCGAAUCAAGUCUUGACCCAAACAACGACAAUGGCCCCAUUCCCUUCACUUCCAGCUCGCUUCUUGGACUGGCGUAUGUCCGCAUAUACCUCAAUAUCGGACCACAUCGCCAACUCGAGUCCAGGGAUCCGGACACGAUAUCCAAGGCACUGAUCCGCUGCCCCGAUGUGGAACGAAGUGAUGGUGUAAUCUCGGCCCUUCUGUACGCGGCACAUGCGCUGAGUAUACCGGUGAGACUCGGCGUAGACCGCGUGGCACGUAGUCAGGCGUUCUUCUGGAGCGUACGUCACUCACUCUCUGGCCUUGAAUGUGCCGUGCUUCUGAGUAAGUGGUUGGCAUCUCUGCAUCGUUCUAUGGAUACCGUCGCUCUUAAUGCAGGUGAAGACCGCAUGCUUCAUUGGGUCCGCUGCAUUGUCGAAGAGGCACUCUCGGUUAUGGACUUUGAGGACGAAGAGACCGAGCAGAGCUUGGACCCCAAAGGCCUUAGUCUUGCUGUGCUCAAGAUCUGGCCGCACUUCUUCAAAAGCAACACACAGUGGCGAUUUAUCAACGUCAUGGGAGCAAGCUUGGAGCAAUACCGUGAUCUUCUAAUCCAGGAAUAUGAACGACAGGUAUAG